ACACAUGUAACAGUUUUCCUCGCUGAUAAGGAAGAACCAAUUACAGACUGGAGACGGCAUUUUAUUUAAGUCUUAUUAUGGAUCGUCUUUAUGGGUUUUCAUUUGCAUGUCAAGUAUCAAUUUUGUAACUGUUAUAUUUGUUGCACGCAAAUCUUCAAUAAAAUCAAAAUGUGAGAAUAUUUGAAUGCGACUAAACGGAAGAUUAGCUUUCAGGGCCACCAUGCGCCCCCUGGAGGAGGAAAGAGGAUUUAUUUUGUGACGACCGAUGUAUUAACGCGCGGACGUCUGCUUCAGCGAGAUGUUCAGCGGCAUCGGGUGACGGAGUAGCGUCAUAAAGAGAGCACCUGUUUGUCUGGAUCACUCCGUGCCGAACUGGUUAUGUGCUGAACCUUCAAGAAGACAGCAGAUAAACAACUACUCGUAUAUAAUCUUUGUUCAGUCAGGGUCAACUACGAAGAAUGACAGCUCAAAAAAAUAAACACGGACUCCUGGCUAUUAAAGAAUUGGAGAAUAUUCUAGACACAUGUAAAGUUGAACUAACUCCAGUCGAUGAGGUGUGGCCAAAUCUAUACAUCGGAAAUGUGGCAAUUGCUCAAAAUAGAAAUGCUUUAAAGAAAAUGGGUAUCACUCAUGUGUUAAACGUUGCCCAUUCUAAGCAAGGAAGCAUCGGGGACCAAAGCUAUUAUGGCAAUUCAAUUGUAUAUUAUGGGAUCCCAGCAGAAGACUCUUCAUCAUUUGACCUUAGUGUGCACUUUAAACACGCUUCUGAUUUCAUCCACAAAGCUUUGAGGAAAAAGAAUGGUAAGGUGCUUGUUCACUGCAUCAUGGGAAUGAGUCGGUCGGCUACUUUGGUGCUAGCAUACCUCAUGUUGCGGCAGCGUCUUACUCUCCGUACUGCCAUCCAAACGGUGGUACUUAGGCGAGCAAUUUAUCCGAACAGGAACUUUCUGAGCCUUCUCCUGGACUUGGACAUUCAGUUACAGAGAAAGCGAAUGCUCUGUCCCAUUCUCUGACAGUAAAAACGUACAGAUUUCAUUCACACAAAUGGCCAUGAAUUCAUUGUAUAUAAAAGGAAACCACAUGUAUGUUUACGUUAUUUAUGAUGAUAUAUUUAUUGUUCAUAGUCAUAAAUGACCCCCCCACCAUGUGUGCCUUUCAGGUGUAUUGUAUGUAUAGACCGUCUUUGUACUUUGCCAAACAUUCAUAAAGUUAUAUUUAAAAAAAAACACUGUAAAACACUUUAAUAUUGAAAUUUAAAUGAUCAUUUUAAUAUUGAGCUAAGGUUUUAAUAUUGAGUAAAUAUUAAAGCAUGUAACAUUUUGACAUAUGUUACUGUUGCAGAGUCAUUUUAACAUUAGUGAUUUUCUAUUUUAAUAUUAAUCAAGGUAUGCACUGAUUUUUGUAAUUGUUUGUAUAAUAUAGUCAAGUUGCAGCAGUAUGUAUAGGAGAUAAUGUUUUCAGUUCAUUUUUCACACAGCAAAUAUUAUUUAACAGAGGAGUCAGUAUUCAACACAUACCAAACUAGGCAGUAUUAAAUUGUGGUUUAGGAAUAAGCAGAGUUUUUGCAUACUAUGAAAACACUCACUCUCGGCAAUAUGUCUUUUACCUUGUUUUUGGCAACUAGAUUUGGAGAACUUACAGGCCAAACACAACACCUUUCUGUUGACAUAAUCCUGAAAGUCUUGUUUCACUCUCUGAUGUGAUGUUUUACUGCAGCCUUUUUGUUUCAAUAGCAGAAUAAUGUGUUUCAUUCAGCUUUGUGCUUCACAGACAUUUUUUAUUUAAUACAGCAUUUUGGAAAAUUGUGCAUUGCAUUAACAGUUUUGUCUUAUUUAUUGUAAAUAUUAAAUUCAUUUGAGUGAAAGGAACUACCAAGCUGGAUGAUCAAUUGUGGAUUUGUUACUGUAACUGUGUUGUUUUUGAAAUUGUAAGUAACAUCUUUACUACUGGAUUCACAUACAGAUGACCUGGACAAAACAAGUUGUCAAAUAAACUGCAUUUUUACACACUGUCAAAA